AUCAUGGAUGACUGGAGGGGGCUCCUCACUGCCUGGGCUCUUUUCUUCCUACCAGGUCUGACUGACACAUUCAACAUUGAUGACAAGAAACCAAGGAUCAUCGAAGGAUCCAAGGACGCAUUCUUUGGCUAUAGAGUACAGCAGCAUCUGGUUGGAGGCAAGAAAUGGCUGGUGGUUGGUGCCCCCUUUGAUCACAAUGGAGGUCAGAGAACAGGGGACAUCUACAGAUGUUCAGUCACCAAUGAUACAUCCUCUGACUGCAGCAAGCUUGGAAUCGGCAGGGUGACGCUGUCCAACGUCUCGGAGCGAAAGGACAACAUGCGCUUGGGAAUGAGCCUAGUCACAAAUCCUAAAGAUAAUAGCUUUGUGGCUUGUAGCCCACUCUGGUCUCAUGAAUGUGGAAGCUCCUAUUAUACCACAGGGAUGUGCUCCAGGGUCAAUGCCAAUUUCCGUUUCUCCAGGAUUGUGGCUCCUGCUCUUCAAAGAUGUCCAACUUUCAUGGAUAUUGUCAUUGUUCUGGAUGGUUCCAACAGCAUCUACCCAUGGGAAGAAGUGCAAAGCUUCCUCAUCAGCAUCCUGCAGAAAUUUUACAUUGCUCCUGGGCAGAUACAGGUUGGAGUGCUGCAGUAUGGGGAGAAGGUAGUUCAUGAAUUUUACUUAAAGGACUUUCGCUCAGUGACUGAGGUGGUGGAGGCAGCAAAACGUAUUGAGCAAAGGGGAGGAGAAGAGACCCGUACUGCACUGGGGAUUGAGAAAGCCUGUACUGAAGCAUUUCAGCAUGGUGGACGAAAGGGAGCCAAGAAGGUGAUGAUAGUUAUUACAGAUGGAGAGUCCCAUGACAGCCCGGACCUCAAGAGAGUGAUAGAAAGAAGUGAAAGAGACAAUAUAACACGUUAUGCAGUAGCAGUUUUGGGAUAUUAUAACAGAAGAAAGAUUAAUCCUGAAGCCUUUCUCAAUGAGAUCAAGUACAUUGCCAGUGAUCCUGAUGACAAGCAUUUCUUUAAUGUGACAGAUGAAGCUGCCUUGAAGGACAUUGUGGAUGCACUUGGUGAAAGGAUAUUCAAUCUAGAAGGAGGAACCAAUAAGAAUGAAACGUCAUUUGGGCUUGAAAUGUCCCAGGCGGGGUUCUCAUCACAUGUGGUUGAAGAUGGGAUCCUACUUGGAGCUGUUGGUGCAUAUGACUGGAAUGGGGCUGUGCUGAAAGAGACCAGCGGUGGAAAAGUGAUACCGCGAAGAGAGUCUUAUCUUAAAGAGUUUCCUGAUGAGCUAAAGAACCACGCAGCUUAUCUUGGUUAUACUGUGACGUCCAUCAUGACACCACAACGUGUCAGAUUGUAUGUUGCCGGAGCCCCGCGGUUUAAUCACACAGGAAAAGUGAUCAUCUUCAGCAUGCAGGGAAUGGACAACCUUGUCAUCCAGCAGUCUCUUCUAGGGUAUCAGAUUGGAUCAUAUUUCGGCAGUGAAAUUGCUUCUGUAGAUGUGGAUGAUGAUGGAGUAACUGAUGUCCUAUUGGUUGGAGCACCUAUGUUCUUCAGUGAAGGGCGGGAGCGUGGACGUGUGUAUUUAUAUGUCCUGAGAGAUAAGCGUUUUGUUCCAGAUGGUGUUCUCCAGGACUUUGACAGCUCACAGAAUGCACGUUUUGGAUAUGCCAUAUCUGCUGUGCCAGAUCUUAACCAAGACUCCUUCAAUGAUGUAGUGGUUGGGGCUCCUCUUGAAGAUAAUCACAAAGGUGCCAUCUACAUAUUUCAUGGAUUUAAGAGGAAUAUUUUGAAAAAGUAUAAACAGCGCAUUGCUGCAGCAGACCUGUCCCCCAAACUUGAAUAUUUUGGCUGUAACAUUCAUUGUGAUAUGGAUAUGAAUGAAGAUGGACUGGUGGACCUGGCAGUGGGUUCCAUGGGAAAUGCAGUUCUUCUAUGGACUCGCAGUGUUAUUCAGAUCAACGCAACCAUCAGGUUUGAGCCACCAAAAAUCAAUAUUUUUAGCAAGGAAUGCCGCAGAAAUGGUCGAGAGGUGACAUGUAUGGCAGCGUUUGUUUGCUUCACUCCAGUGUUUAAAGCUCCACAGUUUCAAGGGCAGAGUGUUGCCAUUAAGUACAAUGUGACGAUUGAUGAGAGGAGAUAUACCCCUCGUGCCGUGAUUGAUGAUAUAGGAGGAGACAAGCACUUUAUUAAAACCAUCAGAGCCACAAGUGGACACAGCCAGUGCCAGCAGCUCAAUUUCCAUGUGUUGGACACCGCAGAUUAUGUGAAGCCCAUUACCUUCGCCUUGGAGUAUGAGCUGGCAUUUCCAGAGCAAGGACCUGUACUGGAUGAGGGCUGGCCAACAUCUCUCAAAGUGUCGGUUCCUUUCUGGAAUGGAUGUAAUCAAGACGAGCGUUGUGUACCUGAUCUCUACCUGGAUGUGAAACACGAUAUCCCAACUGCACUGGAGUUUUGCCAUCGCUCGCUCAGAAGGUCUCCCUCAGACUGCACAACUUUUAGUCGUUCUUUCGACAACUCUGUCUUCAUCAUUGAAGGAAGCAGAAGGCGAGUGGCCGUGGAAGUUACAUUGGAAAACCGAGGGGAGAAUGCAUAUAGCACUGUACUCAACAUUUCCUACUCCCAGAACCUUCAGUAUGCCAGUCUGAUUACAAAGGAAGAAUCAGACAUUAAGAUUGAAUGUAAAAAUGAUGAGCGUAUACCGCACUGCAAGAUCUGUAAUGUCAGUUUCCCAUUUUUCAGAGCCAAAGCCAAGGUGGCGUUCCGGCUUGAUUUUGAAUUCAACAAAUACGUUUUUCUUCCAUCCCUACAAAUACAUCUCGUAGCAAGCAGUGACAGCGAAGAACUGGAGGGUACAAUUUCCGAUAACAAAGUCUUAUUGAACUUUAACUUGAAGUAUGAAUCCGAUCUUCUGUUUACUAGAUAUUCCAGCCUGGACCAAUAUGAGAUCACCUCUCGGGGAUCUGCUGACAGAUACAAUGCAAUUGGGCCUCCAUUCAACUGCACCUUUAAGAUCCAAAAUCUAGGCUUCUUUCCAGAGGAUGUCACCAUUAGAAUCACUAUCCCAGUUGCUACUCGCGGUGGAAAUCGGUUGGUUCUUCUACAAGAUCUAGUCAGUGACCAGGGGAAUGAAACCUGCAAUGUCUGGGGUAACAGUACCGAUUACCGAAGGAAGCCUUCUGAAGAGGACCUUACUCACAUACCACAGCUGAAUCACACUAACUCUGAUGUGGUGUCCAUUGAGUGCACCAUAAGUCUGGCCUCCAACCAAGAGGGAACACUUACUCUGCAUGGGUAUCUGUGGAGAAGAUCUUUCCAAGUGAUGAAUUUUCGUUUUGUCAGUCUGGUUAGUUUUGCUGCAUUACAACGAAAUUUCCACAGUCCUUUUAUUUUUCGGGAAGAGGAACCCAGCCGCCAGAUUACCUUUGAAAUUUCCAAACAGGAGGAGUGGGAGGUUCCAAUAUGGAUUAUAGUCAGCAGUACGAUAGGAGGGCUCCUGCUAUUGGCUCUCUUAGUCCUGGCUCUGUGGAGGCUGGGAUUUUUUAAACGUAGUCACCAUGAGAGAGAGGAAGAAGAUAAAGUCUUGGAGUGAGGCCACCACAGUAGACUGAAGCUCUUGGCUCACUGCCUGUGCCAAUACAUAUAUAUACCAACCUAAGGGGCCCAGAGAGAGAAGCUGGCUGCAACUCUGAGAAAUGAAAGACAAUGGACAGAUGCAAUAAUCUCAGAAAGGUCGACCUGCACAGGCCUGAAGACAAGAUGGCACCUUGAACAUUACCACCAAAUGCUGCCUCCAGGAGCGGGAUGAACGUGCUCCUGCUUUCUCUUUGGCCUCUAUUUAUUUCUUUACUGACCUGAAAUUCAAGGAAAUUACAGCCAAAGACUGAACUUGCAAAUUCUGACAGGUUCUGCUCAGGGAUCAACCUACCAGUCACUACCAAAAGGUGGAGACCACUGCCUGCCUCCCUGGAAGUCUCCCGUCAUACACGAUGCCUGGAAUCACUAGCAUUAUUAUUCCCAUUGUUUAUAUAUAAAGACCACUGUAACAUGGCCACGGAACAGAGGAUCAGAAAUGACUUCUCCUGAUAGAAUGAUAGUAAGCAGGAGGACUCACCUAAGAACAUAUUCACACAUAGAGCCAUAGUUGACAAUCAUGCACUGAUCACCUUCCUUAGGAAAUCCAUAUAAAAUAAACAGUUUCAUUCUAUGGUUAAAGACAAUGUUCACAAUCUCAGAACUGGAGUACUUGGAGAUCCAGGCACAUGUGAGGUGGACCGUGCGGCAGCCUCAGAAAUCUAUGCCAGCUUGGAACUGGUGUAGAUUUCCAGUAGAAUUUGCCCUUAGACUUCAUGCUUA